CCCACCCGCCGCCGCGCUGCGCUGGCUCCCGGCGUGGGGGACGCCCGGCACUGCGCAUGAGCAGGAGGCGGCGGAAGGGCCCGUGAGGAGCCGGGAGCUGCCGCCGCCGCCGCCGGAGGAAGCCGUUGCCGCCGCCGCCCUCAGUCUCCGCCUGAGCCGGGAGGGAAGAGGCCUGCACAGCCCUCAACAUGUUACAGUAUUGUCUGUUUUUACUAGAACAAGUUGAAAUCAUCACAGAAGGAUAAAGUGCGUCAGUUUAUGGUCUUCACACAAUCUAGUGAAAAGACAGCAGUGAGUUGUCUGUCUCAAAAUGACUGGAAGUUAGAUGUUGCAACAGACAACUUUUUUCAAAAUCCUGAGCUUUAUAUACGAGAGAGUGUUAAAGGAUCAUUGGACAGAAAGAAGUUAGAACAACUAUAUAACAGAUACAAAGAUCCUCAGGAUGAAAACAAAAUCGGUAUAGAUGGUAUACAGCAGUUCUGUGAUGAUCUAGCCCUUGACCCAGCCAGCAUUACCGUGCUCAUCAUCGCGUGGAAAUUCCGAGCUGCAACGCAGUGUGAAUUUUCAAAGCUGGAAUUCAUGGAUGGAAUGACUGAGCUGGGGUGUGACAGCAUAGAAAAACUGAAGGCUCAGAUUCCUAAAAUGGAACAAGAAUUAAAAGAGCCAGGAAGAUUUAAGGAUUUUUAUCAGUUUACUUUCAACUUUGCAAAGAAUCCGGGACAGAAAGGUUUAGAUUUAGAAAUGGCCAUUGCCUACUGGAAUUUAGUACUUAAUGGAAGAUUUAAAUUUCUAGACUUGUGGAACAAAUUUUUGUUGGAACAUCAUAAAAGAUCAAUUCCUAAGGAUACCUGGAACCUCCUCCUAGACUUUAGUACAAUGAUAGCAGAUGAUAUGUCUAACUAUGAUGAGGAAGGGGCAUGGCCAGUUCUUAUUGAUGACUUUGUGGAAUUUGCACGCCCUCAAAUUGCUGGGACAAAAAGUACGACAGUGUAGCACUAAAGGACCCUUCUAGAGUGUACAUAGUCUGUACAAAUACCUGAAAUGGAAAAUUGCACAGUCAAUUUCUGCUGGCUGGCCUGAACUGAAGAUCAAUCCUCACAAUAUGGCUGAGGGUUGAGACAAACCUUUUAAGGAUACAACUUGGACCAUAUCAUAUUUCAUUCUUCUACCGGUGGUUUGGGCUUUUCUUCUAGUCUGGACCACUCUUGCCCAUUAAAAUUCCAACAUUGUGGAUUUCAUCAUGGAAUUACAUUUUCUUUUUGGUUUGGUUUUUUUUUUUUGGUGGACCACCCUAGUUUCAUCUCCCAUAAGUCCUAGAAGCUUUAUAAUUCCUUUGAGGUUUCUGGUUUCACACAAAGCACAACGCUGGUCAUCAUCAGACAACUGUUGUUUGGCAUCUGAAUCACACAGAGUGACAUCAAAACGAUUUUUAAAAAAGAAUCCUUAAAUAUACACUUGGGGCUAGUUGCAAGGACUGUAUUGAUAGCACUUCCUGUAAGAGUGAUAUAUUUAAGUGUACUGGGUCUGAUUUUACUGGGUUUUUUUCUUCUUUUCUUUUCUGGAAGAGUACAGGUAUCGUCUAAGUGAGUUUUGAGUAUCCGGUGCAUACAAUUGCAGAAAUAACCAAGGAAACCCAAGGGGAUUGCUGCUGGGGUAUUUAGGUGCCUAUCUGAAUGGUCUGGUUGUGCUUCAGCUGCCUGUGGGCAUGGCUGAAGCCCGACACAACUGCUGUGCGUUCAAAGCAGCCCCGAGUGACGUGAUCAGCCUUCAGCGAGCGCCAGCGGGAGCAACUGCGCGCGGCGUGACAGAAUCCAGUAUGCUCUAGGUUAUUGGCUAAGAUAAGUAGAUCUUGGUGCAGUUGUGAGCAGCUCAUCUGCCUGCAGAAGGAGGGGUUUUCAUUUCUGUGGAAAUCUAAAACUUGAAUAUACUGAAUUUGUGUCUUAAGUGUUUGCUACACAAUACAGUAUUUUAAAUUGCGACAUGUAAUCGUUAUGGUUGAGGUGUGGCAAAACCCACGGCCCUGGUGUACGAGAAGCUGGUGAGGCUGGCGUGAAGCUGGGGUUUGAAACCAUUCUCCUGAGAAGGAAGUGAAGUCUUUAUGACAUAGAGGUACUGCCAUUACAGCUGACACCCCGUUUGGAAUGAUUUUGUUGAUCUUUCUGUGAAUUGACAUAUCACUGUGGUUGCCAAAUGGAGAAAUUGAGAGUAAAGCUUUCCCAAACAAGCACAGGUCCGGUAUGAAAUACUACACUGGCUUCCUUGGCUUCAGUUACUUUGUUGCUCAUCACUACUCCUUAUUGUCUCUACUGCAUUUAACUAAGUCAGUUUUGUUCAAAAAAGGUUUUCUCAGAUGCAGUUCUUUCUUUUUAAUAUUGCAAGAGCUCUUGAGCUGCUUGUGUGCUAAAGAUGGUCUUUCACUCCUCACUUGGUUACUUGUGAAGAGUUGAUAAACACCACUGGGUAAAACGAGCUGGAAAAGGCCAAGCUGGGGAAGAAACGAAAGCCUGGAGUUGCAAGUAAGGAUAGAGGAUUAAGUCCACAGGCUAAAGAGUCACAUAAGGCCAGAAUUGUUUUUGAAAUGAUUAAUUGGUACUUGUGCUGAACAGCAGAACACUGUUAUGCAGCUGCUAAAAGUAUUUUAGGAAGAAAAUGGACUAUGCAUCUUUUAUUUGUCCUCUCUGAAGCUGUUCCUGAGCGAAGCUCCUGGGAGCAGGGCCCUUUUAACUUGUGCAUCUCUCAGUGCAGUUCCACAAAAACUGUUGCAAACUUUCUCCAGCUACUGGAAUUGGCUAUGCCAAAAAAAAAAAAAAGGUGUGUUUUGCUGCUUUUCAGUGUUUCCUUUCUCAAUUUUAUGUAAAUAUAAAUGGGGACUCGAAGUGACGGAAGGGGGGUGGGGAUGGGUGGAAAACAAAAGCUCUACAAGGUAUCUGUGUGUGCUGUUGCUUUGUCUUGAGGGGUUGGUACCUCUUCAGAUGGAUUCGUUCAGGAUGCUGUGUUUGAGGAGGAGAACUGACUUCCUUUUUAGCCCAAGACAGACUUAUCCCUCCCAAAGCCUGCGCUGGUGCAGGGGGGCAGAGUUUUAAAGACUGUUCCUUUUGAAUGCGAGAUCCUUUCCACAAAAUAGUGUUGUCAUCAGCUUGGUACUACACGCUUAUAAUUACUGUGUAAUUAUACAGAAAUACAGAACACUUUGACUAAUACUGUGUUGCAGAAAAGGGUUGUUUGUGCUCUGAUGGCAUCUUACAAGUUUUUCAAAGUGAGUGAUUGAAGUGGCAAGAACCAUUGCUUUAACAGGGUGUUGUUCCAAGGACAAAUGCCUGGGUACAGGGAAUAUUUUGUAUGGAAACGUGCUCAGAUGUGGCCAUGUGUGUGUUUUCCUUUAUAUAUUUGUGUGUUUUUCCUUUGGUGUUUUUUUUUUUCAAGAAUGCAGACAGUUGCUUACUUGGAUUGCUUUAAUUCUUAAGUGCUUAUGUCUUCAAUUUGAUGAUCUCCCCUUAAAUGCAUCCAUUUAAUUUUGCCAAAUGUCAGGAAAAAAAAAAAAGGUGAACGUCAAGUUUGUAACCUGUUUUUAUAUAUGAAAUAUGUACAAAAUUAGAAGUGCCCUGAUAUAAAACACUUAAUCUCAAGAUUAUAUUUAGUAAAAAACCCAUCAUUUACAUAUCUCUGUAAGUUCAAAUGUAACUUCUUACAAUCCCUCUCAUUACCAACAGAGGCAAUAAAGCUCCAGUGAAAUUGC